CGGGCCCUUCCUGCGCCCCCUCCAGCCCGGCGGCCUCGGCAGAGCCCCGGCCCACGGGGCGCCUCCCCCGAGCCUGCUCGCCCCCCGCCCCUGCCAGAUCCGCAGUCCCCUCUCCGCCGCCGACCCCGCGAUCCCUCUUCGCGCUCGUGAGCUUGGGACUAACUUAAUACUGAGCCUUUGCCCUACAGCUCAGCUCCUGAAAGCGUCUCCAUUCCCAAACUUUUACGGUAAUCGUGGACCCCCCCCUCCUCCUGCCCUUCGCGCGGGAGCCCCGCGGCCCCCGCUGCCGGAGCGCGCCCAGAGGCUCGCAGGAAGCAAACCAGGAAGUCAGGGCUGCUGCUGCCGCAGCAGCAGCUCCACGUGGCUGAUUUAUAGCUAGAAGGAUUUAUUAUUAUUAUUGAUCUUGCUUCUUACUGUUCCUUAAGGAAGUGAAUUUGUAAUGGAAAGGCCCGGGUGAGAUGUGCAAAUAUCAGGGGAUUGGAGGAGCUCACUGGGAAAGCCCGUGCUGCCCUUUCUCUUCAGCUAAUUAGAAGAAAGCCAGUGCCUCCUGCGGAUGAGCGAUACCGUUCUUGUUCUUGGACUGAUGAGUUUCUACUCGGAGGAACGGGGAUUUCGGCUGGUUACAGCACUCCCCCAUGGCUUCUAACCACAGACCUGAUUUUUGCCGCUUAAGGGAGAUUCCUUGUCUGCCUGUGAGACCUCACACAGGAAAGGAUGUUGCCAGAUGCUUGGCCAGUCCUACCCCCCCCAACCCCGCCAAAUAUUGUGCCCGUUAUUUCCCGACAAAGAUGUCGAUCACUUUA